UAAAGUAAAACUUUGCUGCUGCGAGUAGAGAAUUUUAAUAUGAAACUUACUGGAAUUGUCUGCAUCCAGGAGCACUAUGGAGCAAUUUUCAACAUGGAGAAGAAAUUGUUACAUGUGUCUGGUAAUAGAAGAUGGUAUUUCACUUCAUAGAAUGACACAAAACUUAUACUGAGUGGGAUAGCAACACCCUGGCACCAGACCUCUAACUCUAACCUCAGUGGAAAUGCUGGAGCACUGAAUGAAAAAAGUAUGAGAGCAGUGGUGACAGGAGGUGGAGGCUAUUUUGGAUACAAGCUGGGAUGUGCUCUUGCCAACUCCGGAGCUUCUGUUGUCCUGUAUGACACAAACAAGCCUAUCUGGGAAAUUCCCAGUGGAGUAGUGUGUAUCCAGGCAGAUGUCAGGGAUUAUGAUGCCAUUUUUGCAGCCUGUGAAGGGGCUGACUGUGUCUUUCAUGUAGCUUCAUAUGGAAUGUCAGGAAGAGAGCAACUUCACAGAAAAGAGAUUGAAACUGUAAACAUUGAUGGAACAAAAUUCAUCAUUGAUGCCUGCAAACAAAGGAACAUCCCUAGAUUGAUAUAUACCAGUACAGUAAAUGUGGUGUUUGGAGGACUUUCUAUUGAAGAUGGUGAUGAGGAAACUGUGCCAUAUUUCCCUAUAGAAAAGCAUGUUGAUCAUUAUUCCAGAACCAAAUCAAUUGCAGAACAAAUGGUACUAGCAGCUAAUGGAACUCCACUAGCAGGAGGUGGUAUAUUCUAUACAUGUGUUCUUCGCCCACCAGGAAUCUAUGGACCAGAAGAGCAAAGACACCUGCCACGGCUAGCAAAGAAUAUUGAGAGAGGGCUACUUAGCUUCAAGUUUGGGGAUCCUUCUGCUAAGAUGAACUGGGUGCAUGUGGAGAACCUUGUACAAGCCCAAAUCCUAGCUGCUGACGCUCUCACUCCUGAAAAGAACUACAUAGCUAGUGGUCAGGUAUAUUUCAUCAAUGAUGGUGAAAAGUUCAACCUUUUUGAAUGGUUAACUCCACUAUUUGAAAGAUUAGGUUGCAGUAAACCGUGGAUACGUAUUCCUACUUCCUUAGUUUAUGCAUCAGCGAUAAUAAUGGAAUAUCUUCAUCUGAUGCUGAAACCAUUUGUUGAAUUAUCACCUCUCCUGACCAGAAAUGAGGUGCAGAACAUUUCCAUAACGCACACGUUUCGCAUAGACAAGGCACGGCACCAGCUGGGCUACAACCCAGAGAAGUUUGCGUUUGCGGAUUCUGUGGACCACUACAUCAAAACCAGACCAGAAGCCCCGAACCAUCACGCCUUCCUCAAAGUUUUGCUUUCUUUAAUGGUUAGUUUAAGUUUGAUCUUUCUUUCUUUAAGAUUCGAUGGCCUUUCAGUUCUGCAUUUUUUCAGAGAAACACACCACUGACACACGUAACCGGCACGCAGUCAGUCACGGCGCCGCGGCCAGUCAUGGCACCGCGGCUCGCUCCCAUCGCCACACUGCUCAACGGGCAGCUACUUUCCAGAGCGAAGAACACAAUUUUGGCGUAUCAGGAGCCGUUCGUAGGGAGUAAAUCACCGUGAAGGCCAAGGACCAUCACUGAAGCACGGGAGCCGCGACUGCUGGAUCUAUUUGUCUCGCACCAGGACACCUGGUGGCGGAGCGGCCGCGGGGGCGCCGCCAGGAGCGGCCGGGCCGGCCACUGCGCCGCGGCGCCUGUAACGGCCGCGCGGGGGCGGCGCGCGCUGCGUGUGGUGAAUCGCCUGUGUCACUGCGCGCGGCGGGAAAUAAAACGUGCGUGGAACCGCU